GCAGGUAUAAAUAAAUAAAUAUAAAGUACGAGUGCGCCAGACGCCUUGGUCAAUCCAUUAAUAUUAUUCUGCCAUUGGUUCCCUUUUCAACUGCCCUCUGCCCUUCCUCUGAUUCCAUUACACCAGAAGCAUGUCAAAAUCCUCCACUAGACCCAACAGUGCCUACCCUUCACGUAGCGGCACUCCAUCCUUAAGAGACGUCGUAUGUUCAUUGGAUUUCCCUCCUCCUUCCAUUAUCUCUAACCAUGCACGUUCACCUCCACCUCCCCCGUCUCCCUUCUUCCAAAUCUAUCUCUAAUCAGGUCCAUGGUGUUAUGAAGAUAUUUCAUCAUGAGAAAGAAUCGGAAGCUCACCAAAUAUUCCGUCAACAAGUAGGACAUCAGCCAAAACCAGCCCUAGGCCUUCCUCAGACUAUCAACCCCGAUGAAGAAACCGUCCCUGGUAUCGAGCACCCUGGCAGUACCGGUGUCAUUUACUGUUCAGAUCGUGCCAUUGCAAACGGUUUCAACUAUGCUAAUUCUCACGAAUGGGCAAACUUGGGUCAGGGCGCUCCAGAAGUAGGCCCUAUCCCGAAUGCCCCGCCCCGCCCAGAGAAUAUUCCUUUACCUGUCGAUUCUUUGGAGUAUGCCCCCACAACCGGUGUCAAAGCCCUUCGUGAAGCAGUAGCGAACCUCUACAACGAUACUUACCGUAGAGGCAAAGCAAGUCAGUACACAUUUGAAAACGUCUGCAUCGUCCCCGGUGGACGUGCGGGGCUUUCCCGUGUCGCCGCUGUCAUUGGCGACGUUUAUUGUUCAUAUCAGGUUCCAGACUAUACCGCAUAUGACCAAGUUCUAAGUGCAUUUAAGCGACUCGUACCUGUUCCCACUGCAUUGGAUCCCAAGCAUAAAUACCGUCUUGAUAUCGAACAAACCAAGAAAGAUAUUCUCACUCAAGGCCUUGCCGUCGUCAUUGCUUCGAACCCGAGGAAUCCGACGGGGCAGGUUAUCGCUGGCAAAGACCUCAAAGAACUCGUUUCGCUCAGCCGGGAGAACACAACAAUCAUUCUUGAUGAGUUCUACUCCUGGUACAUCUACCCCGACAACGAAAAAGACAUCGGAAAGAGUGUCUCCUCUGCCGAGUAUGUCGAGGAUGUAAAUAGCGAUGCUGUAGUUAUCAUUGACGGGUUGACAAAGAAUUGGCGCCUACCAGGUUGGCGUGUCUGCUGGGUCAUCGGACCCAAGAAUCUCAUCACCGCACUUUCGCAAUCGGGUUCGUUCCUUGAUGGGGGCGCGAAUCAUCCCAUGCAGCUUGCAGCCCUCCCGCUCCUUGAGCCGGCGCGUGUCAAGACAGAGAAGAUCGCACUUCAAAGACACUUCAAAGCCAAGCGGGACCACGUGCUGAAGCGCUUGCACGCGCUCCAUUUGGACGUGGACGUUCCUCCCAACGCGACGUUUUACAUUUGGUUGAACUUGGAGAAGUUGCCUGCACCGCUUAACAAUGGUUUGACAUUCUUUGAAGAGCUCCUGAAAGAGCAAACGAUCGUGAUCCCGGGUAUCUUCUUCGACAUCAACCCGGCGCACCGUAGAAACUUGUUCAACAGCCCGUGUCAUCACUACGUGCGGUUGUCGUUUGGGCCGCCUAUAGAGGAUCUGGACAAGGGUAUUGACGCCAUCGGUCGGGUGAUGGCUAAUGCAAGACUGGGGGGCACGAAGAAGAUGGGACACAGCUAUAAGAAGAGCAUAGAGAGCAGCUCUGGGAUCAACAUCUAAACCGCGAUAGACUUGUUCCCCGUCCUCCCACCGGCUAGUAUUGGAAUCGUUAGAUAUGACUGAGAAUGGAAUGGCAAAAUGGUUUGGACAGUAUAUUUAUUCAUAGAACACGUCGGUUUGUUGUUCGUAUCAUCCUCAGUAGGCUAGCUAUGUCGACCGAUCAUUUACGGUUUAGACUUGUAUAGAUGUAUAUAGUGACGCAGCUCAGAAUACCAUGUGUCAUGGACCUAGA